AUGAACACCACCGAGAUGCAGUAUCAAUUGCUCGCUCAAAUCACCCGGCACAUCAACCAGCUCCCUCGCCACCACUCAUCUACCGUACACCUUUUCGACAGCUGCAACUUGCCAUACCUCAUCAAGAAGUACUGUAAGCACAACCGUGCUGCCAACCGUCUUCUGAAGACUCAUCACGCUAUCAAAGGGAUUCAGAUGGAAGAGGAGAAGCCGAAGAUGUUGGAGACGUUCCGAGAUGGAUUCAAGGAAAUGUUUAAUGGAGAGGAGGAGCUUCCAGGGAAUGCCGUCGAGUUGCUCAUGCACUUUGUGAGAUCCGAGGAUAAGGAUUAUACCUCCCUCGCCUUCGGACUUCUGGCGGAUAGCCGUGUCAACUUCACAGACCUAGUCGAGAUGAUUGAUGACGUCAUUGAAAAAGUGGGUACCUGUCCGGAAGCAGAUAGACUGGCGGAGAAGAUUCGCGUGAUGGGGAGAAACAGAGAAGUGGUCGAUGAGGAUAUGGAGAUGGAUUUUGACGGAGAAGAAGACGAAAUUGAGGAAGACGACGACGCUGAUGCAUCGUUUCUCUCCACGGAUUCAGGAAUCAAUGAGUUUGAAGUCGAAGAUCUUGCUCAAGAGAUUCUGAUUCACAUCCUGAUGAUGUCGUUGCUGGAUAAGAAUGAGCAGCUCAUCUGCGACUCGAUUGAUUUCAUUUUCAAGACGUCCGAAUCAGAAUUCUCCUUGGAUUUAUAUCAGAAGUAUGAAAUCACGAGACUCCUCUUGGCAUAUGGUACGACGGAUUACGAUGAGGCUGAGGAUUUGGAUGAGAUUUUGAUGGAUGACAUUCUGGAAGCAGUGGAGAUCAAAAUGAAGCCAAGGAAGCUGGAAGCGUUCCGGAUGUUUGUCAAGAGUCUAGAAGCAUCUGGAGAGGAUUCGCUGUCAGAUGACACUUUGGAGAUUCUCAUGCAUUUUGCGAGAACUGAUAGCGAGGUAGAUACUAUAGAUACAGUAGUCAAGUUGCUUCUCGACAAGGAUGUCACCACUAUCCAAUACCGUAACUUUAUGAUCGAGAUGUUUCUUAUGGAGUACCCGGAGCCAACAGUAGACAUGGAGAUACUGAUUCAAAAGAUUCGGGAGAUGGAGGAGGCAGACGAUAGGGUUUUCUUGUCAUUUGUUAUCUAA